AUGAAUGACGAGAAGAAGUCAUUGGGCCCUUCCGAAAGCAAUACAGACUUGGAGCCGACAUAUAGCCUUGGUGUGGGCGUUGUCAAGAACCAUGGAGAUCUACACCGAUCUUUCACCCCUAGACAGAUCCAUGUCAUCGCGCUGGGUUCCAACGUCGGAAGUGGCUUGUGUAUUGGUACAGGCAAGGCCUUUGCUAAUGGAGGGCCGGCAAAUAUGAUAUUGCCAUACUCUACUGUCUGCAUCGCUAUCUGGGCUCAUCUACAAACAUUUGCGGAAAUGACCAUCGUCUCUCCAACUUCGGGAAGCUACAUCGACUACGCUGACCGAUGGGUCGACCCGGCUCUGGCUUUUGGUGCCGGUCUAGCUGAGUGGCUGGGUUGGACGGCCGUCUUCGCAUCCGAGGCUACAUUCUUUGCCUUUCUGGUAGACUACUGGACAAAAGACGUUAUACCAGAAGCUGCUUUACUGGGGGGUGCAGGGCUAACUGGCUCGGUCAAGGAUGGCAGCACUUGGACGGACCUCCCAGCAUUCAAAAUGGCUUCGAAGGCUUUGCUAGUGCAGCUCUUCUUGCCGUCUGGGCCGUCGGUGAUCAUAUCUAUAUUGGCGUAUUGGGUGGAGGAGCACGGUCGCCGCGCUAUUCAUGGCACAUGCGGCCAAUGCGGUUCCCUGGCGCGUGACUGUCUUUUAUAUGGUCUUGAUUACCUUUGUCUCUGUGAUUGUGCCAUUAUCAGAAGCCAGACUGCUCGGUGGCUCUGGCUCGCAGCCUCUCCAUUCGUGAUCGCCAUCGACAAUGCCGGCAUCAAGGUGGCUCCGGACCUGGUCAACGCCUGCAUGAUCAUUCGUAUCGUGGUCAUUGCGCUAGAGUGUAUCUUCUUGACUUCUCGCAUGUUGCGAACAAUGGCCCUACAAAAGCUCAUACCAUCGUUCAUCGCCGAGGUCGAUAAAAGGGCCGACCCCGCUGGGCGCUCAUGA